CUAGCCCUCGGACACCUUGUACAACGCUGAGCUAACAACACAACAUUAAAUAUGAAGUUAAUUUUGGCAGGACUGCUCUUUUUGGUUGUGGCUGCAUUUUCUGAUGCUGGGUCUGUUUGCCAACCACCUCAGCAGUUUUCUGGAUCAUUCGCCACGUUUAUAUACUCCAUCUCACAAGGACGACUCCAACAGGCGGUUUAUGGAGACAUGAUCUAUGACGCCCCCAACUUGCGUCUUCGCGUUGACGGUCUUGAUCCGCAUGGGAAUAAAUACGUUUUACUUCAGUACUACGAAGAGCGUCAACAGUAUAUACUGAGUAAAGGACAAUGCUACAUCAUGCCUUUUAAAGGUGACUUCCAAAGGUUUGAAAUACCAUCCAAUGCGACCUUAGCGAAUGAAGGUCUAGUUGGAAUCCCACCAAACACUCUCUARGUCAAAAGAUAUUUUGGUGAGAUGCAUGGAGCCAAAUUUCUCGCUACCGUCACGAGGGAUGGAUGCAUGCUCACAAGCUCAGUGGCCGCUGCGCAUGACACAAUCGUUGACGUCAGCAUGACUGGCGUGAGUCUGGGAGCUGAACCCUCCAAGUUCACAAAACCAGAAGGUUGUAAACAUAUUGGAGCAAGACGACGCCGUAGAUCUACUGGUGGUAUCCUUGACAACCCAGAAAACUUUGGCUGGUAAAKAAACGUUGGCCAUGAAGUUGAAUCGCAGCAACUGAGAAUUGAUGGCUGACUUAAUAACAUAGUCGUUAGUAGAAUAAAAGAAUGAGCAUUAAGA